AUGGCCCUGGGCGUGCGGUCCGGACCUCUGGUCAGCGACACCAGCAAGAUGCCCGCGAGGCAACCAGGUCCCCGAUAUCCAGGGAACUCAUCGCCGGCACACCCUCCUGUUUCACUGUUCCCAUCCUAUCCUUCUGAUGCGCACCUUGAACCAACAAAGCGGCGUUCCCGAGCAGUCAAUUUGUCCAAUGAAGCACCGCUGAUACCUACGACUUCAGCCGCUGGACACAGAAAGAAGUCCUGGGUAAACAGCGCUUCAAAGACCUUUGGGUUCAGACGGCUGCGCCGGAAGACCAGCUUCACGAGAGAAGACGCAACGGGUCGUGAGUCAGCUGGCCCAGUGCGCACGCGGUCAACUCGAAAACUCCACGUUCAACCGCACAACUUGGCCGGUAGCUCUCGCUCACCUGUUCCUGCGCCUUUGACUCACCAACUGCAAGCCAACCCUGCCGUCCCUACUGGCGCGAACCAUCUCCAUCAUCCUGUCCCUUCUGACUUGGCUGAAAAGCCGCUCCCGAGUCUGCCUGUGGCGACUGUGAAAUAUCAGUCUCCUGUACGCAGAUCCCUCAUUGACUGCACUGAGAAACCGCUCCGACGACGAUCAAUGACACCCAUCGAGGCAGAAACUCCUGAGGAGGAAGAUUGGCCACCAAUUCUUCCCACAAAAUCUGACACCAAUCUUCCCGCCUCCGAGACCCAGUCACAAAUUAAGCCAAGCCUAGGAGAAAGCCUGUACGAAAGCAUGCGAGCAUUGAACUUGCAGGACAACAAAGAGAGCACCUCCGAAACCCAGCCAAAGCCUCGACCCGACAACAUCGCGGACACUCAAGACACAUGUCCUCAUAUGGCGUCGCGGGCGAAAGAGAAGGAGAACGAGGCAGAAGAACUUCUGUCAGACGGCAGGAGCCGCCCUCUUUCCUCUAGUCAGCUCCCAAGACCACGAGACUCGAUGCUUCAUUCUCUCUCUCGUCAUAUUGACAGUCCUGUUGCCGUCCGUCAAACCAAGACAUCGACCUUGCGUCUGCAACAAGCCACCGGGAAAUCGACUUGGGAUCCUAAUGAGAAGAACAAACAUGCCAACAGUCAUAUUCCCACAAUCCGAGAGCAAGCUGAGUCCCCUUCCCCGGCAUGGGCCAAGCAAACUGUCCAAGACGGACCAUUUCGCGUCAACUCGCGUGGUCGUUGCGCUGUCACCGGCCGUGGGUCUCCUUACACCAUCCCCUCGCGAGCGCAUCUAGCACGCAAGCCGGUCCACAACGACGCCAACACUUAUCGAAGAUCACUCCACACUCCCACAAAUGGUCAAGAGGAAGUUGCCACUCAAUCCUCUGCUUCACCAACACGGAAGUCUCGUAAGAAUUCUCUUAUUUUGCCAGCUCGGCUCCGGCGCCCAUCAACCAACGUAGGAGAUGAGCCGGGUGUGUCAGCCGAGCCAUCGACCGCCGAGCCCUUUUUGAGUCUUGCUAUGAAAGAGCAAAAGAAUAGCAACCUGGCACGCAAUCAAGGCAGCACAUUUGCUGGCAAUAACGGAUCAGAUGUCAAUCCCCCCAUGCAUGAGACGGACGCCGCUGGUCAACCUCAGCUUCUGACCGUCAAGGAAGUGCUGUCAACACCGGCGCCUGAUGACACCGAAUCCUUUGUUGACAGCGAGGAGGAAAAUUCCGGAAUCAGUGUUAAGGGCUAUGACUCUUUCGGUGGAUAUCGAAUUCGACGCAUCGGCAACACCGGUUCGAAGAUUGGCCCAACUCUCUGUAUCACCGAUUCUGCAAGCCGUGUCCUCCUAGGACCAGAAGAUCGAAAGGAAGUCUUCAAGGCCGGCAGUCCCGUCAAGUUGAGACACAAGCGUAGCGCUCCGGACGUCGCCUCUCCACGCAUGGCGAGAGAUCAACUCCGCCGAUCCAGUGCCAUCUACAGCAGUCUGCCUAGCCCUAUGGCAAUCACGAGAAAUCUCAAUGAUCGAUCUCCAUUCCAGGACGUCGUGGCCAGAGAAGAUGAAGCAUGGCAGCGCGUCGAUGCCAACAGCUCUGUCGAUACAGUUGUUGUCCGAGCAGAACUUCCUGGCAGCGAAGUCACCUCCGGGACACAUUCGAUGGUAGACAGCGCAUACAAUCUCAAUUCUGAGGCAGCAGCUUCUUGCCCAAAAUCUGACAUCAAAGGCACUCCAACCUCGGAUCACGGUGACUGGCCUGGGAAAGACUUUGCAGAUUUCAAUCUCGGCAAUGAUGCCACGCCCACUGCAUCCAAGCACAACGCUCCAACUGCCGAGCCAGGAUUCAGACGUCCCGCUCAUUCCAAGUCUCCAUCUCGACCGCCAACCGUCGUGUUGCGCGAAGCACCGAGCAAGGAGACUGCACCCUUCCUUUUUCAAGACCUCGAGCACGAACAGGCCAAGCAGGAAAAACUUGCCAAUGAUCUUGCAAAGGCAGCUGGAUCUGGCUCAGAGACAUCCGUCAACAUGCAGUCCACGGACCUGGCCGCCACCACGGACUCUACCCCGAGCAUGAGCAGUGCGACGAUGCCGUUUCCACCACGCACCUCUUCACGCAAGCCAAAGCCGCCACCAAUCAUCGUCUCGCCACCAUCAAUCAGCUUCUUUCCCAACCCCGCGCCAAAGGCUUAUGCUGUCCAGCCUGAAAGUCUGAAGAAACCUCGCAAUGUGAAGCCAUUUUCACAGAGCAUCUCCCCACAUACUGACUCCUUCAAGGGUAGGAAGAUCUCAAAUGUCUUGGCGCAUAGUCCGUCGACCUCGGGGAAGAAGAACGUGGUCUCGAGUUUGAGAGGAUUGUUUCACAAGAAGAGCUUCGAGUCUACUAAGGCCACUGUUGCCAGCGGCCCUAGUGCAGGCGACCAGACUGUUCCAUUACCCGUCAUUCCAGCUCUUGUUCACGAGGGUGAUGGUCCUCGCCGUGCGUCCUUCCGUCGCAAACCGGUUCCUGCUUUCGCACCGAGAGGCGAGACGAACAGCAGAAAGUUCAGCAAUCCGCUUCAUACGAAUCCAUAUGCCAUGGCCACCGGAGUAAGACUAUUGAAGCAGAAGAACCCACUCGCCAGUCCCACGACGCCAUGGACCGCGAACCUCAAGACGCCGCUGCCACCGAAUGCCACCGCCAUGGCGGCCGGACCCGGAUCGACCGCGAAAUCUACGCCGACUCCUGCGUCAAUGUCUGCCUCUCCAACAAAUUUUCCUCGUGUGCAACCUUCCUCAGCUGCUCGCUCGUCCCCGUCUCUCUCCCUCUCGCCCGCGACUCCGGCUGGCCCACCUUCCCUUUCCGCGGCGACGACGCUGACGCAUAACCUACUCGAUCUCGUCCGCUCAACUAACAACCCUGCGCACAAAUCCCACCUCAUCGAACUCUCCAAGUGCAUGGUCGAAGUGGUCAACUCGGCGCGUGACGCGGAGAAAGCCAUGGAAAAGGCACGCAUGGAAGCCAGUCGCGCCGAGGUGGCGUACUUGAAAUGUGCCAAGCAGGUCGUGAACGUUCAGGGGUUGGUUAGAGAGAUUACGGAUGGCGGGAUGGAUGUUGAGACCCGUGUUGAAAUCGAUGAUCAGGGUAUGACGGUGAAGGAGGUCUAA